AGUCAAUCGAUAUGGCAGAUGACCAUCACUAGCGUUGGUUUUUGUUGCAUACAAGAGACGGAUGGGCUUCCGUAAAAUAUAAAAGAAUACAAGUUAUUUAGGCUUUAGUUCAAUGUAUUUAAACAAUUCAAGCGCUUCUUUUCUUAUACGUUGUGCUAGUUUUGAAAUUUUACCGAUCGUGUGCGAUGGGUGCUCAGUGAAAGUGAAGCUGCAGGCCUUACCAUAUCCAUGUCCGCGGCAGCCGCAGCAACAACAAAAGCGAAACGAAAGAAAAGUGAAAUUUGAGCAAAAGGAAUAGCGCAUGCUAGUCUAGAAAUAACAAAGAAAUGGAAAAUUUGAAAAUAAGCGAAAAGCUAUUCGAGGAUGUGAUCUAUUAUGUGCUUGGCAGCCUGGAUGAUGAGAGCGAGCGCUUGCUUAAGAACGGCGGCGCACAAUCGAAGCUUUUCCUUUCCGACCAAAUCACGCAUUUGAUAUGUGCCAGCAACUACUCCGAGGAGGAGCUGUCCAUGAAUCUGGACCUCUACAAUGUGAUACCUGUGAUCGAGCAAUGGAUAUUGCACAGCGUCAAGCUGGGUCGCAUGGCCUCGACGCGUGCCUUCGAUCCCAGCCAGCCGCGUUUCUUGCGCGGCAUACGGGCAGCUAUUACAAACGUGGUGCCCAGCGAUCGGAGGCGUCUCUAUGCUAUGCUGACCUUCCACGGAGCCGUUGUCACCAACACGUAUGGGGCAACCAAUACGCAUCUGGUAUGCGGCGCCGCCACUGGGACCAUUUAUAAUAAAGCGCUGGCGCUCCCUAAGAAUGCAAUGAAUAUCGUUACGCCCGAUUGGGUCACCGAUUGUAUCAAAUGCAAGAGCUGCCUGCCCUGUGAGCCUUAUCAUCCCAGAUUGCUGAAACCAAUCGAGAAACAACGUGCGCAGAAGCAGCAGCAGCAACAAAAUCUACAGCAACAGCAGCAACAACAACAGCAGCAACAACAACAACAACAGCAGCAACAACAACAGCAGCAGCAACAAUUGCAGCAGCAAUUAGCACAGCAGCAGCAACAACAACAGCAACAGCAACAUUUAGUUCAGCAAUUGCCACAACAACAGCAACAGCAGCAGCAACAACAGCCCCCAGCAGCAUCUCAGCUCUCUGAUAUACUGGGCUUCGGCGACGACAGCGCUGCUAAGAGCAUAGCCAGCAUUAAGUCCCAGCUGCAGGCAUCGGCAGAGCGCGCUGCAGCCGAGCAACAACAACUGCAACAGCAGCAGCAGCAACAACAACAACAAUUGCCACAACCAGCGCAGCAGCAGGUUGUUUUUGUGCGACCACGGAAUCUGCAGCAGCAGCAACAAUUGCAACAGCAAUUGCAGCAACAGAGCGCACCCCAAGCGCCACCGCCACCGCCGCCGCCCAAUCAACAGCAGCAACAGCAAAUUAUAAUACAACAACAAAAAAUCAUACCAGCCAACCUGCAGCAACAGCAGCAGCAACAACAGAUCAAGCACAUCUUGCAGCAGCAGCGGCAAAUGAAGAGUACACAGCAGCAGCAACAACAGCAGCAACAACAGCAACAGCAACAACAGCAACAACAACAGCAGCAGCAACAACAACAGCAAAUGCAGCUGAUGCAGCAACAGGACCAGCAACAGCAACUUCUACUUCAGCAGCAGCAACAACAGCAACAGCCACGUCUGCCUACCACGCCCACCAUGCCCCAGCCAUCCAUGCCCAGUGGACGCCAAACACCGCGCACGCCUCAGCCUGCAACAACACCGCAGCCCGUGCAGUCGCCGCAGCAACAGGUGGCACAACAGCAACAGGUACCUCAUCAGCAACAGCAACAGUCGGUGCCCGUCUCGCCGCAAGCUCUGCAUCAGCACAUCAUGAAACAGCAGCAGAUGCUGCAGCAGCAACAAAUGCAAUUGCAUCAACAUGUUCAAAAUGGCCAAAGCCUGACAUCACAGCAACAGGCGCUGCAACGGCAGAUACAGCAGCAGCAACAGCAACUGUUGCAACAGCAGCAGCAGCUGCAAAUACAAAUGCAGCAAAUGCAACAACAACAACAGCAGCAGCAACAACAGCCACAGCAGCAGCAAUCACCACGAUUGGUCCAAAAUCGUUCGCCAGUCAUGCCACCCGGCACACCAUCACCUUCGCUGCAGCAGCAACAGCACUUGAGCAACAUGUUGCCGCCUCAGUCGCCGCGACAACUGCAGUCGCCCGCGCCACAAAUGACGCCGCCACCGCCACCCUCGCCACAAAGUGCGCAGCAGCAUUUGCGUCAGCAACAACAACAAUUGCAACAGAGCCGCCAGCAGCAGCAACAACACAUGAUGGGCAGUCCGCAGCAACAGCCGACGCCAACAUCCAUGAUGUCGCCGCAACAGCAGCCGUUUCAGCAACCUGUGCAUCAACAGCAACGCAUGCAACUGCAGCAGCAACAGCAACAACAGCAGCUUGCACAACAGCAACAACAGAGUCCGCAGCACAUCUCAGCGCCGCAAUCACCGCAGAUAUCACAAACACCGCCCAUGGCCAACAAGCAACAACAGCAGGCAGCACAGCAUCAGCAGCAGCAACAACAACAGCAAUCAUUUGUCCAGCCCAUCGAUCCAACAGAUCCGGUGCAAGUGGCUCAAGUGCUCAGUCGUUCGACGCUUUCAAGCAAUCAGGAUUCGCUGAUAAUGCGGCAGCAGCAGCUGAAGCAACAGCAGUUACAGCAACAACAACAGCAGCAGCAACAAAUGCCUACACAACAACAUACACCCUCGCCACGACAAUCACCACUGCAUCAGCAACAAGCAACGCAACAACAGCAACAAGUAACGCAACAACAGCAACAACAACCACAACCAGAGAGGUCGUUACAGCAAAUGCAAGCUCAACAGCAGCAGCCGCAACAAAUAUCACAACAACUCGCCUCUGGACAACAGCAGCAGCAACAGCAACAGCAGCAAGUGAUCACCCAGCGACACGUGAUAAACACUUCAACCGCACAGGGACAACAGAUAAUUCAGAGUCACAUGAUGAGCAUACAGCAACAGCAGCAGAAGCAGCAGCAAAUGUUGCAGUUGCAGCAGCAACAACAACAACAACAGCAGCAGCAGCAACAGCAACAUCAAAUGAUACCUCAGCAGCAGCAGCAACAGCAGGCACAACAGCAGCAAUUGCCACAGCAACAGCAGCUGCAACCACAGCCGCAGCAGCAGCAGCAGCAACAACAACAAGUGCAGUUUACGCAACAGCAAAAUAUUGCGCUUGGCAGUGGCGGUCAGGUGCGUAUUAUACAACAAACGAUACAGCCACCGCAACAGCAGCAGCACUUGUUGGGGCAACAGUUUCCGCAGCAGCCACAGCAGCAACAACAGCAGCAAGUGCUGACGCAGCAGCCGCAACAACACCCACUGCAACAACAACAGCAGCAGCAGCAGCAGCAGCAGCAGCAGCAACAACAGCCACAACAACCCAUGCAAACCAAAAAGUUUAUCAUAAGUCAACAGCAGUUCAGCCAGCUAAGCGCACAGCAGCAGCAGCAGAUUUUGGCACAGAAUCAGCAAAACCAAAAUGUGUUCAUUGUAAAUUCCACGAAUCUGUCGCAGCAACAACAGCAGCAGCAGCAACAGCUUGUGCAGCAACGACAACUAUUGCAGCAACAACAGCAGCAGCAGCAGCAACAACAGCAGAUGCCACCAAAUCAAAUGAUGUUGGCACAGCAGCAACAAUCACCACAACAGCAACAGGCGCCUCCACAAAUGCAACAGCAACUGCUCACACAGCAGCAACAACAGCAACGGCUGCAAAUGCAACAGCAGCAGCAGCAGGCGCCACAACAGCAACAACAAAUUGUGAUCAAUCAGCAAGUCAUCAGCGAUCCACAGCGCUUGCAAUAUUUACAGCAACAGCAAUUGCUACAGCAGAAACAGCAGCAGGCACAGCAACAACAGCAACAACUUGUCGGACCACCACAGCAACAGCAGCAAAUACUUAUACAACAGCAACAGCCAGUGCCACAACAGCAACAGCAGCAGCAGCCUCCUCAGCAGAUCAUGCAGCAAGUACUUAUUAAGCAGCAGCAUCUGCCACAGCGCACGCCACCGCCACAAUCGCCACAACAACAGCAGCAGCAGCAGCUGAUGUUGCAGCAGCAAUCGCCUCAACAUCACACGCAACUGCAACAGCAGCAGCCCCAUUGGUCGCCGCAGAGCCCUGUGACAAAUCAGUUGGCGCCCACCACACCAGGCACGCCCACCACGAGCAUGGGCAUGCAGUCGCCCUUGCCGGGCACACCCACCACGCCCCAGCAACAAGCGCCACAAUUUGCGCCGCGCGGUCUGCGCCCACAGACACCAUGGACCGCACAGCAGCAGCAGCAGCAACAACAACAACAGCAGCAAUCGCAACAACCGCAGCAGCAGCAACAACAGCUUGUGCUGCCACCGCCGCAACAACAGCAGCAGCAGCGCCAGCUGAUCCAAUUGGACGAGAAGAUGCAUGCGCACUUCAUGUCGCUGGAUGCGCACAAACGUGCCGAAUACAUAACGAAACUGAAUCAGAGCAAGCCACGUGUCAUGCUGCGCCAGCAGGUGGCCUACCAGCCGCGUCCCGGCGCACCGGGCAGCGUGGUGGCAACACGUGCACAGGGCCCAGUACCGGUGCCGGGGCCAGGCACUUCGCACAUCAUUGUGCAGAGUCAAAUGCCAGGCGGACUCACGCAGCAGGAGCAAAUGUUGUGGCUGCAGCAGCAGGGCACGCGUCAGGUGGUAGUGCGUGCUAGUGGUGCGCCCGGCCUGAGUCCGAUUACGCAGCAACAACAGCAGCAGCAACCGCCGGGUGGUGCCCAGCAACAACAGCAACAACUACCUCAGCAACAGCAACAGUUCAAUCCCAAUGAUCCUAAUCAGCAAAUGUUGUUGCAGCGCCAACAGCUGCGCGUGCAGCAAAUUCCCAUGCAAGCGGCGCCGGCGCCGCAGCUGGGCAAACAGACGGUGCAGUUGAUACCCGGACCCAAUGGCCAGCUUAUCGAGCAGCAAACCAUUGUGCAGCAACAGAGCCAACAGCAGCAGCAGCAGCCGCCCACACCGGGCACACCCACCACGCCUGGCACAGGCGUCGUUGUAGGCGGUGCGCCAGGAGGCAAUAUAAUGACACAGACAUUGGUCAUGUCAGCAACAGCUCCUGAUGGUCAGCAACAACAGCAACAGACGCCGCAGCAGAUGAACCUGAAGACGAAAACGGCGUUGGCCAAUAUGCUGAGCAAUCGCCUGGGCAACAAUGGACAACAGGCGCCGGCACAACAACAGCAACUCAUUUCCAUGAGCGAUGUACAGCAGCAACAGCAGCAGCAGCAACAACAACAGCAGCAGCAGAUUGUACAACAAGUUGUUGUCAGCGGCGGCACACCACAACAGCAGCAGCAGCAGCAACAACAAUUGCUACUGCAACAGCAGCAGCAACAACAGCUAGUUGUGGCACAGCAGCAACAGCUGCCGUCUGGAGCGCAGCAACAUGUGGAGACACCAUCGGCAGCUGGCACGUUACGCAUGAUGGGACAACAGCAUAAUGCUGCUGUGGGCGUGCCCGGCCAGCCGCGCACACCGCAGGAGCUGCUGAUGCUGCAGCAACAACAGCAGCAACAACAACAGCAGCAGCAGCAGCAACAACAACAGCAAUUGCUGCAACAGCAUCCACAACAAAUGCGACGAGUUGUCGGCGUGUCACAGCAACAGUUGCCGCAACAACAUCUCGUGCAGCAACAAAUUGUGGUUGCACCGCCCAACAUGCAGCAACAACAGCUGCCAGUGGGCGUGCCCGUACAGGUGGCCGGCGGACCACCGCACGUCUACAUGCAGGUGCGUCCCGGACAGCCGCCCAUUCCGAUGCCACCGCGGCCCCAGUUCUAUGGCCAUAAUCCGAACUUGAAGCUACCCCCGGAUUUGUUCCUGGUCGGCUGCACCUUCUACAUCGUGGAAUACGACGAGACGGACAGCGAUGAGCUGCCCAUCUGGCUGGACACCAUUCGACAGUUUGGCGGCGACAUCGAGCGCGUCUAUUGCGCCCGCGUCACCCACGUCAUCUGCCGCACCCAGCGCCAUGGCAUGGUGAUGCAGGCGCUGCGGGAUGCCAAGCGCUGUGUGACCGCCUACUGGCUGAGCGAUAUCUGCCUGAAGCGACAGCUGACGCCGCCCUGGCAGCCCCUGCAUCUGCCCUUCCCCAGUCAGUUUGGCUAUCGCAAGCCGCUGGAGCGCUACAUCAUCACCUCGGAGGGCUUCGAAGGCGAAGAGGUGGUGCGACUGCAACAGAUGGCCGAGGAGUGUGGCGCCAUUUACACCUCCUAUUUGUCCAAGGUGAACACGCUCGUCGUCUGCAAGCAGCUGGAAGGCAAUAAAUACAAUGCGGCCAAAGAGUGGAACAUUCCGAUGGUGAAUGCCCUCUGGCUGAGCGAUGUCUGCAUCGGCAAUCUGAGUGGGUUGACCCAGUACGAGAAUCCCAAGUAUCAGCAGUACAAUCUGGCCGCACCGUUCCGCAUUGAAUGCAAUCUGGUGCAGCAUUUGCUAGCCGCUUGGAAGGCGCCCAUUAAUCUGACCCAGGAAGCGCAUGAGCGCGUCAAGCGUCAUCUUUCCGAUCCGUAUGCCAACGAGCAGAAGCUGAAACGCCAGAAAUUGUGCGUCUACCAGGAGCAUCUGCCCGAGCAAAUUGUUUGCAUUGAAUAUCCGCAGACAACCAAGCCGCCCAAGGUCAUCUUCUCACAGGUCGCCGAUGCGGAGGCGCUCAAGAAAGCUGUCGAGCUGCUGGGCGGCAUUGUGGUGGACAGUCCGACGGAUGCAACACACUUGGUCAUGACACGCGAGAGUCGCACCUGCAAGUUGAUUCAGGCCUGUUGCCACGUUGACUACGUGCUCAAGUCUACCUGGCUGAUAGAUAGCGCAAAGGCCGGCAAAUUUGUGCCGCCUGACGAGUAUCGCAUUCGCCACAUACCCGUCGAUGAGAACUUGCAGUUCGAUUUGGAUGCGGUUCUGUGUGCGCCGACACGUUCCACACUCUUUGCAGGCAAAUACUUCUAUGUGACGCCGGAUGUAUUUCCGGCACGUGAUGAAAUCAUACGCAUGAUCGAAUCAUCUGGCGGCAAAGUGGAGCUGAAACGGCGCAGCGGUGCGGCUGUCGCUGAGGCGCAUGUGCAAGCGCCCGACUCAUAUAUCAUUGUUACCUGCCCAACGGAUAUGCAUUUGUGCGCGGAUCUGACGCGUCAUGGCAAUCCCAAGUGCCAUAUUGUCUCCACGGAGUUUGUGAUGAGCUCCAUACUGCGGCAGCAGCUGGAAAUCGAACCCAACUUGAUACCUUAUCUGUACAACAACAAUAUUUCCAACAGCAGCAACAACAACAAAUCCUAGCGACAAGCUGUCUUCGUUUAUUUGCUGCUAACAGCUUGAUCCACCUCUUAACCCAAACAUCAUCAAUGAACCCACAUUUUCAUCGAGCCUGUGAGCUGUGAAUGCGAGUCUAGUCCUCUGAUUGCGUCAAUACUGAUGAAAAUUGGGCACGAAUCGUUUAGAUUUACAUAUAUCACCAUAUAUAUAUAUUUAUAUAUAUAUAGCAUGGAUCGUUAUCAAGACAAAUUGAUAAAAACUCUGCUUUGUUUUUUGUAAGCACCUCAAACUCAAAGCGCUGAUGGCAGUUCAGCUGCGAAUCGAGUCAUUUAAAAAGAUCUAUCACAUCUAUAUAUUAGCUAGUUACAAUCUAACUGUAAGAAAAAAGUACAUUUAUAUAUAUGUAUCGAGUACAUAUGCAUAUAUAUAUAUAUUUUUGUAAACUAGAUUUAGGCAUAUAUAUCUGUAUAUCUAUAUAUAUGUAUAGGCGUAUACGAAACGUUUCACAGAAAUUUCAAUCGGCUGGCUAUUAGAAUUUUAAGCACCUUUUCGACUUGGAUAAAGUCCACGUUGUUCAAGUCAACUCAAUGUUAGUUAGGUAUACUCAACAAAUAAAGCUUAUGUUAUGUAUGUAAACAACAAAA